AUGGCAAAAGCACUCAUUUGCGUUAUCACGUCUACGUUCGCUGCUCCUGUUCAGACAUCUGAGUCUUGUGUCCAAGAAGCCGCCCACGUCACCGGUCCCGAUGGACAAGUCUACCAACUCCCCAAUACCGAAACCAACAGCAUUCGUAUCAUCACUUCCGACAGGAAGAACGACUACUACAUCCGACCAACCAGCUACCAUGUAGCAUCAGAUCAUACCUGCAAAUUCUAUAGCGAAGCAACUCGUGGCGUCGGUUACCUCAUCGGUCAAUUCACUGGACCUGCAGAGGCCGUUUUCGACAGCACCGAGUGGGCCGCAUUCUACGAGUGCUGGAACACUAAACCCGAGGAACGAGCUGCCCCUGCGGUAGAAGCACGCAAUACUCCCACUGUCCUGUAG